AAACAACCUGCUGUAGUCCACCGUGUUCGACGACGGCACGAUGUCGCGCACGCCUUCAAGAGGCGUACACUGGGGGAUCGAACCGCCCAGUUUCGACUCGCCGUCUUCAGAAGCAUCGACGUCCUUCGUCCCGACUUCGAGUCUCGAUUACAUCAACUCGCAGCUGGUCGCACACGGCUUCGCUCCCUCGCCCGGGCUCGCCCUCGACGGAAUUUCAUCUACCAAUUUGGAGAGGACGGUCAAGUGUCUUCUAGGUCUGCUGAGCACACGCGUGAGCGAUAUGGAACGCUUAGAAGACCUAACGACACGACUGCGGACGCUCACAUACGACCACGAGAGGCUGCGGGAGAUGCAUAGACUGGCUGCGGAGACUGCAGCGAACGCCGAACGAGAAGCGAAUCUGCACAAGUCGCGAUUAACGGCGUCGACACGAACAUUCCAAGCACUAGAAACUACGCAGAAACAGACAUCCGGCGAACUGCAGCGCAUGCGUACCGCACUGCAAGCUGUCCGUUCGGCGCAUCAAGCCGAGCUGAAGAAGAAGGACAAGGAUGUCGAACGCAUGGCCGAGCGGUGGAACAAGCUCGCUGACAUUCAGUCCAAGGUGGCAGGAUCGUCGAGCGGGCUGCGUUGUUCCAAUCUCAUUGUUGUCGAGAAUGGCAGUGUCAGUGAGAGGGGUCGCGGAUCAGGAGUCGUUGAGACGGCCUUGCAGCAAUCCGAAGAGACACGCCGGAUCUUGGGAGAAGAGAACGCCAAGCUUCGAGGACUUCUCCUUGGUGCCGUGAAUCAAGCACAGACGAUGCUACAUCAGGCCCGGGUCUCAGAGGAGCCGGAAGCUGAGCCGACGCCUUUCACAGCGCAGACUCUCUUCCCGAUGGCCUCUCCGGAUGCUGCUACCGAUAAAUUGAGUGCAUUACUGGGUGGUCUAAGAGAGGCAGUGAUGCGUCCGUUUACAAGUGCACCUAUCAUUGCAUCGUCUACGAAUAGCACCGGCACGUCCUCGGAAACAGAAGCUGCCAGACUGACAGCUGUUAUCGAUGGACUUCGGACUGAGCUUGAUCGCUCCCGCAAAUCGCAAGUCACAGAAACCCAAGCCGCUUUCGACCGUUUUGCGGCAGACCAUCGUGUCAGGGACUACGAUGUCCGGGAUGUCAGCAUGGAACUGAUGAUUGAGCCUGUGCGAGAUGCGGAGAAAGAGAGACUGGAUAAACUGAGACUGGAUUUGGAACGAGAGCGGAGAACGUUCACCGAUGCCACGAUCAAGUUCGGACGCGAACGAGCUGAGCUCGAGGCUGAGCGCAAACAAUUUCUGGACGAGAAACGUUCAUGGGAAGUGGACAAGAUGCUCUUAGAACUUCCCCCGACGCCCAAGGCAGAAGCAUCCGUUGAGCGCCCAGUUCCGCGGCGAUCUCCAAGAAGACCCAAAUCUCCGCGAAAGAACGUUGGCGCCAAACCUGUUACUGUAGGCAAGGCUGGCGCCCAGCGAAAAUCAACACGUGGAUCGAAACGAUCGUCGCAGUUAUCGCCAACGAAAGAUAGAGUGGAGCCCGCAUUCGAGACGGAAGUCGUUCUUUCUCCUAGUGUGAUGACUGCGUCAUCCUCGCUACUGCCGACCUCAUUUGUUCUCCCCCCGCCUUCCCCCGCAGCUUUACUACCCGCUCCGGGCUCAGCGUUCCCCGCUCGUAUUGCCCCCCUUCCAACAUUUUCACUGCCCCCACCACCAGAAGCUUCACCUCUACCCCCCGCCGAAAUUCCGGAAACACCUUUCAAAGCUCCGUUCCCCAUGGCCAAGCCAUUCGCCCGGGGAAUGGUGCACGCAUAUUCACCUGUCAAGCCGAGUCCACUGAGUCGCAUACUGAUGCUGGGAAACUCUCCUGCUUCGGAUGAGGGCGAGCCGUCGAUGCCUCUGUCUGUUUUGGCCGAGGAGGAUGGGGAUCAGGAGAUGUUUCCUGUGAUUCCUGCUGAGCCUCCUGCGCGAGAAUUGACCUUGGCAGAGGAGCUUGGUGUGACAGAAUCGCCGCCCGAGAGUCCUGUUUCGUUGCCUACUAUUGCACCUCGGAGGAAGAUUCCGGCGAAAGCGCCGCCCCGAUUUACGGCUGCUGACAAGGGCAAAGGCCGGGCUGUGGAGCCGCCGCCUGCAGCCAAGGAAAAAGAAAAUGGACUGGGCGUCAAGCGCAAGAUAGGCGCGGGCGCAGGUGCUGCAGGGAGAGUAGAGAGCACGGCGAAGAAGGCUAGAACGGAAACGAAACCUGUCAGUACAGUUUCACGCGCGCGAGUCAAGGCCAAAAUUCUGCCUUCUCCAACGAAGCCUGUGCCCAAAGCGGCUUCUGCAGAGUCCAGCAGACCGAGGCGAGUGCUAGUUGAUAAUGCGAGACCAUCCAGAAGAAGUUGAGAGGCAUUGUAUAACUAUAUUCCACAUCUUAUUUAUUGUACAUGAUCCAUGUAGAGUCAGUCUACUAAGCCAGGUUUGCUAAGCGUCGGCGGCAAAGACGUGCUGAGUUUCACCGUCUUCACUGUUCUUUGCGGCAGCUCUCUCAUCUGCAACCAUCUUUUUCCGCCAGAGAACACCAGCGUAUGCGCCCGAUCGGUACGUUUCAGUCGGAUCGGGGAAUCUUAUCCUCCAGCGGUAGAUGUUCAUAAAAUUCUUGCUCCGUUCAUAGGGAUUGGCGCUGCUGCCUCCCCGCAGCAACCUCUGAGCCGUAUCUUCGGCUGGCUCGACGGUCUCCUUCGGGUUCGCUUUGGGAAAUUCAAUGGCAUCAGGUGCCGACCAGCCAGGGCCCAGCACAGGUGCGAGGGAGCCGGAGUCAAGAUAAUGGGCAGGCAUGUUGGAUGCAGAUGUGAUUUCUCCCACGAUGGAAACAGGCACUUGAGCGUCCAGUGUGAUACUGCGCGCCCAGUCAUUGGUGUGGCGCACAAGCUUUUCGCCGACCCGAGAAUACAUGUCCCAUAGUCCCUCUUCAGCCUGAUCGGCGUCGAUUUCCGGAAUUACAGGUUGAUGGAAGGUGUAAUUCAUGCACUCUUUCGCGACCUUGACAGGAUAGAGGGCGGUUAAUGUGACGUGCAAAUAGGCCUGGGUCGUCGAGUAGAACGUCGCAAAGUCAGUUGGUGCGUCCGCUGGUACUUCGAGGGUGAAGUCCAUGCUCGGAUCAGCAGCAGUCACAGUUCCCUCCGCGCUUUCCUUGUCGCGAGAGCGACCAAGCGCCCGGAUGUUCAGCGAGUCAUUUUCGGCGAAGAUUGAAUCAUAAUUGGUCGAGUUGGCGUUCAGAUCUCGGUAGCUGAUGCUUGACGCCGGCGCAUUGUUGGAGUUUGGAACAUCUACCGUGAUCGAGGACCUGACAGUGACCCUGACGCGAGAGGCAGAGGUACUGCCGGCAUCGCCUAGUACCGUGAGUCGACCCUUCAG